GGAUCCUACUGAAUCCCUGGAUAGUGGCCCUGAUUAUUUAUUUAUUUUAUUUAUUUAUUUAUUUUUUUACAGUGGGUAAUCACCCCAACUAUGAUCUCGGGACCGUUGCGUACUGAGUGACGGGUACGGGUUUGUGUUGUGAAGUUGUGAUGGAAACUCGGGAUGUACUCGGAUAUCCCUGGUAGGAAGGGGCGGGUACACAUACUCGCGAAUCUCUUAAUUUGCCCGUCCGUAGACGAUUAAACGAGUCACGACAGUGAAUGAUAGGAGAGAGAGCAUAGGAAAGCCGAACAGCAUGCGGCCGCGGGUGGAGCUGGAGAACGUUGCAGGAGAGGUCUGGCCCGGCGGCUACGACCUGACUCCCCACAAGACGUCCAAGAAGCUAGUGUCAGUUCUGGACAUCAUUGGCACUGGGCACUCCCAGGUGUCAGCUCUGAGCUGCCAUGGGUCCUACCUGGCCACUGUGACUCAUGAACCCGGUGCCAACCUGGUCUUCAUCGUCAGUGUGUCAAAUAAUAAAUUCUACUUACUGAAGCGAAUGGUGGAACAGUGCACAGCCUUAGUCUUCCACCCACACCAGGAGACACAGCUGUUCCUUGCCUCGGCCUCCUGCAAGGUGUACAGCAUCAAUGUGGAGGAUGGGUCAGUGGUGGUGAUGCAGGGCCACAAGUUGCCGGUGGUGGGGGUGGAUGCUGGAUUGAGGUCACCAGUAGUACUCACCUUCAACCCCCAGGAGGUGCUGCUGUGGUCGUGGCCCUCCAUGGUCCUCACCAACCGUCUGCGCCAACAGGAGCCUCUGCCUGUUGUCUGGGCAGGACAUGUGUGGCAGAGGGAUGAGCUGGUGGUGGCUUACUCCUGUGGUAGUGUGUUGCUAUGGCCGGGCCGGAAACCCACCACAGAGGUUCACAUCAAGCCACCUGAGGGUCUGGUGCUGGAGUGCAGGGCCUUCGCUGCCUCAAGAGGAGGCGAAUGGCUGGUGGGGGGUGGCCAGAGUCAUCUACUUGUCACCUAUAGCCUAACAAGCAGGUGUGUGGCCCAGGUGGUGCAACUGCCCUCCUCCUGCACAGAUGUGGCCAGGUGCUUCUUCCUACCUGCAAUCUGUCCUAAUUACCCACAGGUGCUUGCCGUGCUGACAUCCCGAGGAGUGCUGAAUGUCAUUGACUUCACCAACACCACCAAGCUGAAGACUCUGAGGGCACAGUGGCACUUGAUAGACUCAGUAUCAGUGAGUGAGUGUAGUGGCUUCCUAGGGGUGACUUACGACAACAGCACCACAAAAGUAUACCCACUGAGGGCCCUCCUCCCUGCCACGGCCCCAGGAGAAGUGCAGCCUGCGGUGGUGGCCAAGGAGGAGGUGGCCUUUCAGAUUGUGGAGGAGAGAAAGAAGGAGAAGCAGCAGGAAGAGAAGGAUGAGGAGAGGAAGAAAGCUGCUUUGAAAAAUGUGCAGGAGCUACUGGACAAGAACAAGUGGUGUCGCAUCCUGCUGGAGUUCGGUUCCUUCCCUGACAAGUACCGGCGAGUGAUCUGGGCGUCAGUGCUGGAGCUGCCUAGGAACUACUCAGUUUUCAGUGCUCUCCUGGACAAGGGAACUCACCCAGCCUACCAGGACCUUGAGGAGACCCUGCAGCUGUCUGACACAGGGCUGUUUAAAGCAUUGCAGAGAACGCUAUCCUGCCUGGCUCACUGGGCACCUUUCCUCGCCAAGGUGUCAUAUCUACCGGAGUUUGUGUUCCCUUUCAUUAAGGUGUACAGAACUAACCCACUCUUGGCCUUUGAAGUCUCUGCCACUGUCAUAUUGAAUUGGUGUCGUCUGUGGUUUGAGUUCUGGCCAUCGGUGGGAGUGACAGUGCUAAACAUGGUGGAGCAGCUGGUGUGCGAGGCUGACUCCACCCUCCUUGCCCACCUCAUGCGCCUCAGGGUGACGGCAAAGUGCUACGCCUGGCCCCUCCUCACCUCAGCCUUCUCCAGAGUGGUAUCAAGCAGUGACUGGCUGGUGCUGUGGGACCACCUCUUGGCCAGCCCACCCUCCCUCCUACCCUGUGUGGCUGCUGCCUUCACUCUUGCCUCCCGCCACUCCCUCCUUUCCUGCACUGAGGCCAAGGAGGUGGAGCUCUAUUACCAGCAAGAGUCAUGGGUGUCUGUGAGGAAGGUGGUGGAGCAAGCUUAUGACCUUCACCAGCAUAAGAAGAAGGUCCACUCUCUUGACAAGGUGUUUGGGACCUUCACACCUCUCCCCUCUGGUGGUCUGCCCCUCUUCAAUAUUGCUCCUAGACCUGCUUCCUCUGCUGCUGUCCAGCAGGAUGAGAAUAGACUCCAUGCAUUGAGAAGCCCCUCCACCACCACUGCCACCACUACCACCACCACUACUCCCCGCCAUGCCUCCCCACACCCUUCCCUAUCCUCCUUUAAGCCAGAACAUCCCCACCAGCAGAAGCAAGAGGAAAUGGUGUAUGUGAUUGGACAGCAGGAAUUACAGCAGCAGGAGGAGCAGUGCCUGGACAGCAUCAUGAGGCUGCGGCAGCGACAUUUGGCCACCGCCAUGACCUGAUUGUGACCUCCAUGGCUUACAGGUCAUGCCAUGUCGUCCAGGUGCCACACACACUGAAGGAAUUGGUUUGUUAAGUAAGGCAAUCACUCGGCAAGUAACAGAUUAUGAAAACUAAAUCUUCUAUUUGUUUUUUUAUGGGUGGUAUUGAAAUGGGACAGUAUCAAAUUUUUAAUGCUGUGAAUACUUUAGUUUUUAUGUAUUCUUUUUUAUUUCUCAGAAAAUAGGAAAAUAUAUAAAGAAAAAGGUUGUGGUAGCUGAUAAAAUUCACUUCAGUUUUGGAAGUAUUGAUAUUUAGAAAAAAAAUGUUUGUCAGAAUUUAGUUAUGGAGUCACACUUCAUGUUACAAAGAAGCAUAUUUUUCUUGUAUGAGCUUUAAGCUUGAUUGAUUGACUAAAAAAAAUAAGAAAUGAAUUAAAAGGAAGAGUUGUGCAAUAUCAUAUAAAAGUGGAACCCAAUGAGUAAACCUCCAAAAUAUUAUCAUUCACUACCAAAUAGUAAUAAUUUUAUAAAUACUGCCUAUGAAUUCCACAAAGUACUUUCUCAAUUUAUGGUAUUGUAGCUUUUUUCCAUGCCACACCCAUGAAAACACUCACAGGAACUUUAGUUUUGAUUUUUGGUUAACGUGCAGUGUGGUCCCUUCAGUAACACAAUUGCAUACAACAACACUACAACACUGGUGGUACUCUGACUCAUACUCACUGUACAAACAUCACUCACUCAUUCAUCGUCAGUGUCAUAUGCGAAUUGUAACUUUUCAUGUAUCUGUUGCAAUGGUCAAAUCUUUAAAGUUUGUUGAGAUAAGUUGAGAGUAAGUCACUUUUUGUUGCUUGGCUUCAGUUCACUGCUAGACAAACUUCUUUAAUCCCUUCAAUAAUGGCUCACAUUUUUACCUUGAGAUUUGUGUACGAUUAGACCAUUUUAUUGAAAUUAGGAAGGGUCUAUGGAGGCCAGAAGAUUAGUGGCCAGAGUCUUCACUAUUAUAAUGCCUGACAUGAGUUUCUAAAGCUGUAUCAAAUCACUAAAUAGUAACCAGAAUGAAUAUGGAAUGUAUUAUGGUAAAGAAGGGGUUAAUGUCUAUAAGUUUACAGACAUAAUUUUUAUGCUAAGCUCUCAUCAACAUUUCUGCAAAUUACAAAAGGGCAGAACUACUUUGUUUUCCCUCUUUCCUCUUCUGUCACCAUGCAAACAGUUUUCAUAAUGCCAGGAAGGUUGAGGAAACAUGACCAUUGCAAUGGAAGGGUUAACAUUUAGCAGCAUAUGUUCACUAUUAUUUUUUACUAUGUUGAAAAGUUAAUUCCCCUUUUUCUUCCCUCCCUUUCAUCUUUUUUAUGUAAGAGGGGAAAUCUGGCUGUGGGACAACAAAAGCAACUAAACAAAAAGGCCUACUUAGAUGCCAGUCCUCUAUUGUUCACUGAUAUUUAAAAGCUUAUUUCUUUUUCACUGUUAAGACUAGAAAUAUUCUCAUCCCGGAGAGUGAUAACACCGGUUCCUUUCACUAAUACCAUAAUUUAGCUUAAGCAAAUACCUUGAAAUAUUUUGUGAUAAUGAAAUAUAUAUUUUAAAUAAUUUGACA